AGUGUCGUCAAAUAUUGACGAAAUGGGGUGAGACUGUGUUAAAAUACCACAAUCUCAUGGCAAUUCGUAAAUAUUUUAUGAGGUGGCUAAUUUUAUUAAUUUGUAUGACCACAUUCAUAUGUUUUCGAAAAAUUUGCUUUAAUUGCUUUUUGGUUUAGGGGUGGGGUUUCAAUGUUGUAGUUUUUCAAAUAAUUUUUUCAUAUUCAUAUGACUUGUAAAAAACGUAUAAAUUCCUGUGAGAUCAGGCUGAUGUAAUUAAUAUCCUGACUCUUUUCAGCUUUAUAAUUGUAUUGGAUUGUAUAAAGAUACAAAAAGCACACGCAUGCUUAAAAAAAUCUAUAAAGGUAAAUGUUUUCUGAGGCAACGCAAUGGGUUUUCUUCGAAAACAUUUCAUUACAAACGUUAUAAACUACGUGUGUUCAUAAGAGAUUUGAGGUCACGUUAAAAACCUUAAAGCAACACUAUGUAGUUUCCAUUUAAAAAUGACUUAAAGCUCCCCCAUGUGGUUGAAAAGUGCAACAGUGCCUGGUAUCAGACACUCUUCUGCAGGCAGGGGGAGGGGCGGGGCUGUGUUUCCUACCCUCCACCGCCACUUUCAGAGUGUGCUUGUAGCAGCUAGGAGGCUGCUCAGGUUGCAGCAACAGUACAAUUUGUCCAGUUAAAAGUUGUUCUAUCACUGAAAUAAUUUUAGAGACAUUAUUUAAAGGUAAAAAAAACUACAUAGUGUUGCUUUAAAUUAAAAAACAAUACAGCAAAAUAAAAAAACAUAACAAAAUAAAAAACACAACAGCAAGCUAAAAAACACUACAACAAAUCAAAAAACACUACAAGAAAAUAAAAAACCGUAACAAAAUAAAAAACACAACAGCAAAUUAAAAAAACACAACUACAAAUUAAAAAACACAACUACAUUAACCUACCAGAAGAGGCCAAUAUCCUGGCCAGACCACUGUUGUCAGUAAUAUAAGUAUUUGAAAUGAAAAUGAUUUCUUAAUGUCUAGUGACGUAUAAGGGCCAUUUUAUGAUUAAUUAAUAUAUUUUUUUUUACAAACUGUUCCUUUAAUAUUUAAGUACAUUAAACAUCUACUUUUUUACUUUUACUUAAAAUGUACACAAUUUUUAUGUAAUUUUUACGUAAUUAGGUAUUUUAUGUAAUUAGGUAUUAAAUUGAUUUUAAUAUGAAUGAUUUGUGAAUGAAUUGGGUGUGAGAAUUUUCAUUCCACAAUGGCGGCCGCGCUUCUGAAGCGCCAUCUAGUGGCUGAGGCCAAAAACGAAUCAGAGUUCCCCCUCUUGUUCUUCUAUACUCUUUGCUAGACCUUUGACGACUCUGUAAUAAAAAAACCCUCCCGUUUUAUAGCAACUUCCCAUUGCCUCCUUAUGCCUGUAUCACUGGGAAACCUUCAAAUGUGAAGAAAAAACAGCAAGAGAUCAUGAGAGAGAGUAACAGUUCCUGCUGAACUGGAAUCAAUACUGCGCCGGUUAUUGCAACCGUAAGCUGCACAAAAUACGGGCAUAGUUGCUUUCUUCUGUUAACUCCGAUUGACUCUGGUGCUAGCGUACAGUGAGGAGACCCAUCCAAUAUGGCGCAGACGCUUGAUGCGUUCCAGCACGUCAUGAGGUGUCUACGUAUAUAAUGUCUAUGCCCACUGGUACCUACCUCUUCCGGUAGGUUAAUAUCGUUGUUUUUUAUUUGCUGUUGUGUUUUUUAAUUUGUCGUUGUGUUUUUUCAUUUGUUGUAGUGUUUUUUAUUUUGUAGUUGUUUUUUAUUUUGUUGUAGUGUUUUUUAAUUUGUUGUAGUGUUUUUUUAACUUGCUGUUGUGUUUUUUUAUUUUGUUAUGGUUUUUUAUUUUGUUGUAGUGUUUUUUAAUUUGUUGUAGUGUUUUUUAACUUGCUGUUGUGUUUUCUAUUUUGUUAUGGUUUUUUAUUUUGUUGUAGUGUUUUUUAAUUUGUUGUAGUGUUUUUUUAACUUGCUGUUGUGUUUUUUAUUUUGUUAUGGUUUUUUAUUUUGUUGUGGUUUUUUUUAUUUGUUGUUGUUGUUUAGUAAUUUGUUGUUGUGGUUUGCACUUCAGGGCCACCAUACUAAGCUGACCUCAAACCAAACAUUACAAAAACCCAUGGCUUCACCUCUCAUGUGGAGGGGUGAUUCAUAGGAGGCAGGGUCACCUGGGGCUAGAGAGUUACCCAACCAACGCCCGCUGUGAAUGGACACUGAGAGUGGACCAGCCAUUUACCAUUGAUCUAAGGUUCCUGAUGCUGAGCGUGGAGUUUGAUUACAGCUGUCAGUAUGACUAUGUGGAAGUAAGGGAUGGAGACAGCUUGAACUCGCGUGUAAUUGGUCGCUACUGUGGAAAUGAGAGACCUCCUCCAAUUAAAAGCACUGGCGAUUCUCUCCACAUUCUGUUUGUUUCUGAUGGUUACAAGAAUUUUGAUGGGUUUUUUGUCAGCUUCCAGGAGAGCUCAGCAUGCAUAUCCUCUCCAUGUUUUCAUGAUGGCACCUGCAUCGCAGAGUCCUCAAACUCUUUUUAUUGCACCUGUCUGGCUGGAUAUACUGGCAAAAGAUGUGAACAUGUGCUCGAGUGCAGAACGCCUUUGAGUCCAGCCCAUGGGAUUACAAAGCAUCUCGAUGUAAGGGUUGGAGGUCAUGCUCUGUUCAGCUGUGACCCUGGAUACACAUUACAAGGCUUUCAGGUGGCCACCUGCUUGUUGGAUGGCUCAUGGAGUACAAUGACUCCACAUUGUGUGUCUGACCAAAACUGUAAGAUUCCGCCAAAGCCAGAGAAUGGUGAUCAUUUCCUUGUUUAUGGACCGAAUGAUGUACUCAUCGCUGUCCAGUUUUUGUGCAAUAAACCAUACAAACUAAAUGGAACUCAUCAGAGAAUCUGCCUGAGCAACAACACUUGGAGUGGGAUGGCACCUACCUGUGUGAAAGAGCUGGACAGUAAUCCUGCAUCAGAUAAACAAAACUCAAGCAAACCCACUGGAGAAGCAGAAAAGAAGUUACAACCACAAAAACCUACCUCUGGAAAGGAUAAUGUUGGACAAGGUGUAGAUUUGGACAUUAGGAAGGAAGUUGAAAAAGAAAAAUCUAAGGACAAAGAAGCAAAUAAAGAUACUGAUAGCAGCAUUAAUACAAUUAUUAAAAAGGAAACAGAAAAACACAAGGAUAAUAUGAAACCCACUGAUAACCUAGAUAGCACAGAGAAAGUUGCAAAAAGUACAACAAAAGGUUUGGAAGUAGACUUUGUAGAUAUUGUGUUGAUUGAUAGUAAGAGGGCCAAUCAGACAGGAAAAAAUAAAACAACAGACCAAAAAAUAACUGAUGGACCCCGAUACACAGUAUUAAGUUUUACUGAAGAUGAUAAAGAAAACAUUUUUUAUAAAGUGGAUUCUAUAAGCACAGAAAAUAACACAGAAUCUGUUGAUAGCAAUGACAUAGAAAAAAGUCUGGAGACAACAGCCCAACAAGGAACAGAAGAAAUGCAGACAGCUACUGUUGGCAAUAACAGAACGGAAAUAAUAUCAACAGUGAUCAAAGAAACUGAAAAAGUGACAAAUAUCUUAAAAAAAACAGAAAUGCUAAAAGUUAAUACAGUCAUUGAAAUUAUUACAAAAGAAGUCCCACCACAGGAAAGGAAAAAGGAAUCUCAACCAAAUGCAAAGACUGAAGGUGAAUUUGGGCAGACUGCUGGAACAGAGAACCUCGUAAUCACUGAGGGUAAAGGAGGACAUUGUCCUCCUUUGGCACCGUUGUAUAAUGGUUACUAUGAGUUGGUUACAGACCAACUUCCUGAAACAUUCAAGUUUUUCUGCAACCACACUUAUGCUCUGAGCGGCAGUGCACGGAGGAUGUGUCAGCCUAAUGGUACCUGGACUGGAACCCAGCCCAUCUGUCUUAAAGCCUGUCGAGAACCCAAGGUAUCUGUACUGGUCAAACAGAGAGUUCUGCCACCACAGUUCCAAGCAAGGAAAACAGCUGUACACAAGUUUUACUCCUCAAUUGGGAUGACCAAUUUACUGAAUGAUAUACGGCCAACACGCAUCCCUCUCAGCCUACCCGCACUUCCACAUGGGUUUCACCAUCUCUACACACACAUUGAGUAUGAAUGCAUGUCACAAUACUACAAGCACUCUGGAAGUGCACGCAGAACCUGUCUGAAGACUGGCAAGUGGAGUGGCCGUCACGUUUCCUGUUCACCAGUGUGUGGAAAGCUGACAAACUUUGACCAUCAGCACCCAGCAGAGACUAACUGGCCCUGGCUGGCUGCCAUCUAUCGUUUGCCUGCUUCAAGUAAACCAGGGAAACACUCAAGUGUGGCGGAGAUAAAGGGAAAAGACGCUAAGCUGAUGGAGGAAGAGAUUGAUUUGGGCGAUUGGCAGCUUAUCUGCAGCGGAGCCCUGGUGAACCAGCGCAGCGUGGUAGUAGCUGCACACUGCAUCACAGAGUUGGGGAAAAUAUAUCCACUUGACACAUCUGAAAUCAGAGUAUUGCUCGGCAAACAGUAUCGUAGUGAUCUGAGAAUGACCAAAGGAUUACAGCAGUUACGGGUAUCCUUUAUUACUCUACAUCCAAACUAUGAUCCCUUGGUGCUGGAUUCAGAUGUCGCCAUAUUAAAGCUCUUGGACAAGGCUCGUAUCGGAGACUACGUGCUACCAAUCUGCCUACCAAAUGCUCAUGAGAUCACAGAAGACUCCAGACUAGGCAUAGUAACGGGCUGGUCCCUCUUAUCUGACAAAAGAGCUGGAGAUAUGGAGAAAGCCCGUGUUGGCCAUGUGAAGCUGGGGGAUAUUGUUCAAUGUGAGCAGCAAUAUGCCAGUUAUGGUGUUCCAAUAAGUGUUUCUGAAAACAUGCUGUGCGGGCGGCAGGGCACUGGUUUUGAUCAGUCAAACAUUUGCCCGGCAGACACUGGAGGGAUUCUUAUCCUUCCACCCGUUUCCUCAGAUUCAAUUGUCACAUCUUACCAAGGAAUGGCUUCACAAGAGUGGAAACUUCUGGGGUUGGUUAGUUUUGGAUAUGAUUCUUUAAACUGCAACCCAGAGCUUUAUACUGUGUACACUGGUAUUACAAAUUUUAUUGAAUUUAUAGAGGAAAAUAUGAAAUAGAGUGAUACACACAAAUCUACACAAAAAUAUCAAUAUUUUUCUGCUUCUUAUAAAAUUGGGUCAUAAGGUUAAUGCAUGGGAUAAUAUACACUGGACUAUCAUAUAUAUUGGGCGUUGACUCACUUUAAAACUUGUAAUUAACCAUUAUAAAGGAGAUAUAAAAAAAUGUAGUACUAAAGCAACAUACAUUUCUUAUUAUAUCCUAAAAUAUAUCAGUGCCAUGGUUUUAUCUCAAGAUGGGCACCAAGAAUGGUUUUUUUUAAGUGACUUUGAUCAAAGCUAUUUAAAAGUCCUAAUUUAAAGGACAACUUUGGUCCGAUUCUUGAUUUUACAUUUCCCUUGGAGUGUAUGUUUGUAUUAGUACAUGUUAACGAUAUGCAAAAGGUACAAACACCAAGGUAAACAAUGAUGCGAGAUAUCGUUUCCAACAUAACUCUCUUUUCUUGGACUACAACAAACACACGGAUUGUAGGCAAGUUUACUUCCUGGGCCUGUUGACGUGGACAUGACGGUCAUUAUCAUAAUUCCUCCUGCUUUGACUCACAGCCUGUAAAUUAACUCCUGUCAGCAUUGCAUUGUGAGCAAAUCUUUCAAACGUGGUAUGGAGCGACACGUUUCCGGCUGACAUCAGAGGUAUUCAGGCCAGUCACAACGUACAGAUUAGCUGGCUGAUCAGGGACACAGCGCUUUUCAGAUCGAGGAGCUUUUUGAAAAAGCAGAGCAUUGGAGGAAAGCAUGAUAUCUGGAGCUACAAAAAUGUACUGUAUGUGAAAAAGAAUUAGCUUUUUUUACCAUAAACCACGCAAACACACUGCAUUAUACCAAUACUCAAAAUAACGUUUGUUUUUAACAAUGAAAUAGGUGCACUUUAACUAUGGCCUGGCUUAAUCUAAGCAUUGUCUAUGAACCAUGUACUGACCUCGAGGUGCUCAGGUAAGUUAAGAAUGAUAUUGACUUUUAGCCUUUAAAGUGUACAUAUAUUGUAAUAUUGUGUUCACCAUUGUCAAACAUGACUUAACGAUGUAUUUAUUACAUAAAUUGUCAUUAUGAUAACCUAGCUAAUAAUCAUAUAGUUUAACUGAGUUGGGAUUGUUAACAAGAGCUGAGAUUGGAUAUUACCAUGCAUGAUAAUUUUUUCAAUUCAAUUCAAUUUUAUUUAUAUAGCGCUUUUCACAAUUGGUGAUUGUUUCAAAGCAGCUUAACAUUAAUAGAAGCAGUGGAAAGCACAGAAAAACGACAGAUAGCACAACAUAAUACACGAUAGCACAAGCAGCUAAAUUUGCUGCGGCUAUGAAUCAACAUUAAGCGUGCGUAUUGCUAAUGUAACGUAAAGAAGAGGGUGCUAAGUUAAGCCCAAGAAGGCUGCCUCCCCGGGUUGAAAAACCCCCUAGGAGAGAAAAACCCCAGGCUUAGCCGGGAAAGUAAGUGGAAAGUAAGUGGAAUAUACACACACAUACACACACAUGUACAUAUAGGUAUUGAAGAUACAACGUCACCCCAGUGACAGACUCUGCACAGUUUGGUUUGGGGAGAACGAGAAAAAUGCACGGGACGGCGAAUGUUUUUGGAGAUGGAUGCAGUGACACCCUUUUAAGGACUGAAGUCCCGCCCCCGACUAGUGGGCUUAACACCACAAAUCUAUACCCACCGAGCUUCAUUGAAAUCCGGACGAGCAAGAGAGUAAAGGGGAGACGGGGACGAGAAACUACUCGACUCAGAAACCUCAGGAGGAGGGCCGAGCAAGUGAUAACAUAAAAACUGAUAAAUUACAGUUUUUCUGAAAUGCUAAAACACAUUUCUUGAAACCAGGACUCAUUUUGUUAUAACUUUAAAUACAAAUCAAGAUUUUCAAACUAAAUUCACAAAACCCCUGACUCUUCCAGCAAAAUCGUACAAUCCUUUCAAAACCAUUUCAACUAUAGCGGUGAGCGGGGCACAAACUAACGUGGGUUUAAUUGUAAUGCAGCUACUUUAAAUAUUUAUACAAGACCAAGCAAUCUGUGCUUUUGGUGUUUUUCUCUUACUGUCAGAUGAUCUCCUGUGAAUUUGUGAAAAGUUUUGAUGUGUUUUGGUUAAGAUAUUGAACAAAGAGUGUUUUGGAGGCAUAAAAGUAAAUUCCUUCAUCUUAUGUAGUUUUGGAUUUCUGAGUUGGGUGUGUAAGUCACCAAAUCCAAGCUUAUAUUUUUUUAAUCAAUGUCUUGUUACCUAAAACAUAACAACAUUUGAAACAAAUUAGCCUCCAGUGUACAAUGAUAAUAAAAUGGAAACAGUGUAAAUACUAUUCAUCAAAAUGAUAACUGUUACUACAAUAUUAGGGGAAUCAUAAAAAAUUAUAAUUUUGUCUUAAUUGUGCAGCCCUUUAAAAAAAUCUAUUUAUAUAAAUUAAUGCAUAAUACAAGGAUGGCUAGAUGAAGGAUAAUGGAUGGAUGAAUUUGUGGAUAUCUAUCUAUUAUAGGCAUAUAUAUAAACAAUAUCCACAUUUAGUAUAUAGACAGAAUUGUAUUGAAUUAUUUGUGUUUAAACUAUAUAUUCUAGCAGGUAUUACAACAAACCCUCUGUUACAACUAACCCCUCCUAUGGGGUAAGUUGUAAUGUUUGCACUCCUGUCACUUCCGGUGUAAUUGUACGAUAACAGUACAGUAGGUCCCACCAACAAACUUUAAGUGUUCAUUUGUAGCAUAGAUGUGUGUGUGUUGAUUGUGUAAAAAAUUAUUAAUAACUUAACUUAAAUAUUUUUUGAAUGAUAGAACCGAAGUAAAAAAGUGGUAGGUUGUGCCCCGCUCUGCCAAAAACAAAUAAGUCUAUAAUAUAAAACACUACAGAGCACCCAUUAGACAUUACCUUAAAAAAUGGAAAACAACAUAUGAGGCUCUGCCUCAUACUCUUCAUCUGCUUCUCAGACUGUUUCUAAUCCACGGUAAAAAAAUAUUAAAAAAAAGUGUGAACAAUCUUUAAUUGUUGUGUUUACUUAAUGAUAACUUUGUUGUAGUUGUGUUCAACUUGUGCUUGCCGGCCUAUAGCGUUUUGCAAAACAAGUGUGAAAUGUGUUUUAGUGAGAAAUUUGCGAACAGUGUCUAUGUUUAAGGUUUUUCCCAAAAGCGUGAAUGUAAAAUGGGCUUAGGUCCCUGGGAAUUUGUUCAGAGAACGGGGUUUAGUGUUUUAGCCAUUCAGAAAAACUGUAAAACACCACUUAAAGGAAUUACUGAGCUAAAUUUAAAAGACAAAUUAUUUCAUGAUGUUUAAAGGUUUAUUAUGUAAAGUAAACUUUUAAGUUUAAGAAAAUCGUGAAAAUAACUAAUCAUGAUUUACUACACAUAUUUUGUAGAAUUUACCUGAUGCAGCAGAAUUAAUGUAACAAUCACCGUAAACAUUUUGUCCAAAGAAUGUGUCAGACUAACUGGUUUAGCAUGAACUGUAAUGUCACAUCUGCUGCUGACCAUUCCAAACUGCCCAUUCCUCUGUCCCAGCAAAAGAGAGUGCCCUCGCCUGAAAUCUGACUUUCUAUGUCCUCCAUCACACCUGCUUUUUAUUACUCAAAAAAUACAUAUGUGCUUUACUUAGGGGCAGUAUUGCGUAGUGGUUAGUGAAUCGGAUUUGUAAUAUGAGAAUUGCUGGUUCAAGUCUCUUGGCAGGCAGGUUGCUCCCAGGGCACUGAAGGAAUAGCUGCCUGCUGUUUGUGUGUGGUGUACACAAUAAAUUGUACAUAAAUAUUCUUCGAAAAAUAUAUUUUUUUUGUCUAUACAUAUAAUUCCCUGUCAUUUUUUUAACAACUGAUUCCAAGUGAAUAAAAUGAAUACAAUUUUAGACUACAAUAUAUAUAUAUAUUUUACAAUUUGUGUGUGAGGGUGUGUGGUUAGUGUGUGUGCAGUGCGUUAGUUCACUACUUACUGGAAUGGGCUAAAUACAGAGUUCACAUGUGUUCCAUACUUGACAAGCAUGUCACUUCCAUUUUACCAACAAAACCUAGUCAGUAUAAAAGGAUGUUGUUCUGUCACCAAAUGCCAAGUAUUAAAUGUGCUGUUCUGUUGAUGUGGUCAAUUGUAUAUGGUAAAACAGGCGAAAAAUAAAAUGUGACAUUCUG